AAUUGUGAAAUUUUACACAUAUCGAUAUCAUACAUAUCUUCGGUUAGUGUUUCUAAGUCGAAGAAACGCGAAGAUUUGCUGUCAUUGAAACGAAUAUUGCAGGUACAAAAAAUUCUAAACGUCCUAAAAGUCAGCUUUUCGAGGUAGUAAUAUCCUACAAAAAUGUUGUACGAGAAACAAUAUUUACCUUUCGUGGCAUUGCUGUCUCUUACUCUGAGCACGUGGUGUAUUGUGCCGAGCUUUUGCAACACCGAGCAGUGUCUUGAAGGUCCAUAUCACAGGAAAACACCCCUCGAAGAAAGCCAAGAAUACAAAUUUUGCACACCUUGGAAAAACCUUACGUGUUGUACGGUGCGGUUGGACAACGAAAUAGAUCAGGGCAAUGCCCCGAAAUUGUACAACGAUACUUGGCAUUUGUGUGGGAAUCUUUCAACAGAAUGCUUGAAACAUUGGAAACGCCAGGAAUGCUUUUAUCAAUGCUCACCAUAUGCUUACCAAUGGAAGGACAGCAAGGUUAAAGAUGCUCUAAAUGGUGUUCCAAUAUGUGCCAGUGAAUGCGACGCUUGGUUUGAUGCAUGUAAAAGCGAUCUCAUAUGUGUGAAAAACGUCAUUGAAGAUUAUGAACGUACCAUGGAGUAUAAAAACAAAUGUCCUGGGCCUAGCAACAACAGUUGUGUUAACUACACUGUAAUGUACGGAAGUGGCGAAAGUCUUUGUAACCACAUGUGGGGAAAUUCGUAUAAGUAUGUGAAAGAGGAUGGAAAUAAUUGUAUGAAAUUUUGGUUCAAUUCUAGCGAAAACCCUAAUUCCAAAGUCCUGAAGGAAGUUCGCGCCGGUAGUUUGCCUGUUAGUGUUUUUUCCAGUAAACUUCUGUUUGCUAUGCUCUUUUCUGUGAUGGUAUUCACGAACUAGUGUUUGACACCUGUGCCCUUUGUAACGCGAUGCCACAAACUGGAAUUAUAUAGUAUACAGUAAUAUAAAUAUAAAUGUAUAGUAAACAUAAUUCGCUUUUUCAGUUAAUCAUUGUUAAAAGAGUUAUAUUACAACAUAUUAAAGGGUGUUAUUAAUACUUA